AGGGUCCCCGGGCCUAGGACGGUGCUCCGCAGCGCGAGGCGCCGGCGGGCUGCGGAGAGGCCGAGCCCGGAGCCCCGAGGCGCGCGGGGGUGGGCGCUGCAGCCGCGGGUUGUUUAUCUGGAGUACGGAGGGGAGGGGGGAGCCUGGAAACCGCCCCGUGUCCCAUUUCCUCCUCUUGUUUUCGCUCCGGAUUCUCCAUGUUGGACCCAAACUGAGGAGCCCGGAGCUGCCGCCGGGGGAUCGGGGGCCGGGGGCACCCGGGGAGCCGCUGGCCGGGCCGCCUGCUCUCCGUACAGGCCGCCUCCCUUCCCGGCCCGGGGAGGGAACCGGAGCAGGGAUGUGAACGGCGGUGGGAGCCCGAGUCUCGCGAGCAGGAGCGGAGCGGGCCCCCGCCCAGGCCCCCCAGCCCAGCCCGGCCCAGCCUGCGCCCGUCGGUCCUCCCGCCCAGCCAGCCCGGGCCCGCGGGAUUGUUAGAUGGAACACGGCUCCAUCAUCACCCAGGCGCGGAGGGAAGACGCCCUGGUGCUCACCAAGCAAGGCCUGGUCUCCAAGUCCUCUCCCAAAAAGCCCCGUGGACGGAACAUCUUCAAGGCCCUUUUCUGCUGUUUUCGCGCCCAGCAUGUUGGCCAGUCAAGCUCGUGCACUGAGCUCUCUGCAUACAAGGAGGAAGCCAACACCAUUGCUAAGUCUGACCUGCUCCAGUGUCUCCAGUACCAGUUUUAUCAGAUCCCAGGGACCUGCCUGCUCCCAGAGGUGACAGAGGAAGAUCAAGGAAGGAUCUGUGUGGUCAUUGACUUGGAUGAAACCCUUGUGCAUAGCUCUUUUAAGCCAAUCAACAAUGCUGACUUCAUAGUGCCUGUAGAGAUUGAGGGGACCACUCACCAGGUGUAUGUGCUCAAGAGGCCUUAUGUGGAUGAGUUCCUGAGACGGAUGGGGGAGCUCUUUGAAUGUGUUCUUUUCACUGCCAGCCUGGCCAAGUAUGCCGACCCUGUGACGGAUCUGCUGGACAGGUGCGGGGUGUUCCGGGCCCGCCUGUUCCGUGAGUCCUGUGUGUUCCACCAGGGCUGCUAUGUCAAGGACCUCAGCCGCCUGGGAAGGGACCUGAGGAAAACCCUCAUUUUGGACAACUCGCCUGCUUCUUACAUCUUCCAUCCAGAGAAUGCAGUGCCCGUGCAGUCUUGGUUUGAUGACAUGGCAGACACCGAGUUGCUGAACCUGAUCCCAAUCUUCGAGGAGCUGAGUGGAGCAGAGGAUGUCUACACCAGCCUUGGGCAGCUGCGGGCUCCUUAGCCUUCCCUGAUUCCACGCAGCGGCCAUCCCAGUAGGGGACUUGCCUACACUGUGCCUUUCUGACCAGCCUGACAGACGGAGUGGAAACUGGAACUUCUCACCAAAUGGGGCCUGGAAAUAGAAGUGAUGGGGAAAGAACUUUAGGACAGGUUAGACACCGAGUGGGCAAACAUCAGACCAAUGAUACCCCAAGCUGCCUACUCCCCGAGUUGGGUUCCUGAGAUGAGUGUGUGUGUGUGUAUGUAUGUGUGUGUGUGUGUGUGUGUUGCCUUCAACUAUGUUCAAGGAUAUAAAUGUUUUAGGUUGGGGUAAAAGCUGAAAGAUCAAGACCCUCCUUAAGUUUGUCUCCUCCCCAGUCACCUUGAGCUUUACAGGGAUGCAGACUAUUCAGGGCUCCAUUGCCAAACCCAUGGCCUCUCGGUGUUGUAUGGCUUGUGCCAAGGAGAAGGGAGAAGUCGGCAGCUGCCUUCGGGUGCCCGGGCAUACUUCUCUUUGAAACCUUUCUCCAGCGGCUGCUGCAGAUGGAGGACAAUUCUGGAAGAUGAAAGCUUGUUUCCAGAACUGGUCGCCCCAGGGGCCAUAACGUCCUGCAGUUCAAGGGCUGCACUUCCUUCCAACCGAGUGCCUGGCCUGGGCCUGUGUCUCCCUCCCCAAGGCCGGGGCGCUGGGCCUGCCUUCCUCACACCCUAGCCAUAGUCUCAAAUCCGUGGGGAGGAGGUCUUCCUGCCGUGGGAGAGGGCAGAUAACUGAUUUCCGUUCUUUUGACUCUGUUUUAAAAUUCUCUUUCUAAACAUGGAGUGUUGGGCUGUUUUGUUUUUGACCAAGCUGCAGUCCUGGGCUUAGGAGGAUUAUGGGUGGCACUGGGGGUGCAGGGAAGAGGAAAAUCCCAAAAGCCCGAAUGUGUGUUCCCUUAGCGUGUAUGUCUGUGAGUCUGUCUUCAGGGAUUCUCUGCUGGUGCUGGUGCAAGGACUUUGGUUCCACAGUCCGGGAAGGGCGCUCCCUGCCUGCCCUUCCUUUUUGGGGCCGGGCUCUUUCCCGUGUGUCUUCCCUGGCCUGGCCUGUCUUCAUCCCCCCUGCUGUCACUUCUCUCCAGGGCCUCAGAGGCUCUCCUCUUUUCCUGGGCUGAGGGGCAGUGGGCAUUCUUAUCAUUACUGUGCCAGCCUAACACAUGCCUCCUGCCUCUUCAUACACCUGCCCUCUGAGUGUCUCUUGCUUUCAAAGUUUGUUAAUAGUGAAUGCUUUAAAAAGGAGUCACAAAAUGGAAUUCUCCAGGAUGGAAAUAAGAGGAGAACUGCUGCUGUAAUUGGGAGCAUAAGGACCACCUCCCCCUUCACUCCCCCCCAAAAAGGAGGCCCCAUUUCAGCAUCCUGGCCUUAAUCGUGCUUUCCCCGAGGGCUGGCUGGGUUCUCUCUUCCCUCCCUCCCUCCCUCUGAGGCUGGAGGGAGUUCCUCACUUACCUCUUUCCCUGGAGGCAGGUGUUACAUGGCAUUUGUACGUUAUUUCAGGUGUGAGGACAUCUCCUGCUUGAGACUCCUCCCCAUUAUCCAUUUCCGUUUCCGCACAUUGGGCCCAGUCUGAGAAGAGCCAGGUGGGGGAGCAGCAGCUUCGUGUUCUGGGCGGUAGCUGGCUGACUAGCAUCUUCCUCAUAUUAUGGAGCCACCUCCUGUUUUGUCCAAGGAUGGAAGGCUUUGUGUUUCCCUGGUGUCGCAGCCAUGGAACAGUCCCUAGAGCCAUGUGUCCUUCCGCCAGCAUCAUCCCUGGCUUUUCCAUGGGGUCCUGCAGGUAGGGGAGAGGCUCUGUUACCAGCCGGGAACGAAGGCUCCUGAAGGAAACGGCCUCUCGUUCUAAGGCCAGGGCUAGGCCUCCACCCUGAUACUGUGGAGGGGUCUCUCGCAAGACGCACCCUAAGGGCUAACUUAGCCCCUGGGUUAAAUCUGCCAUCUGGCCCAGUCAGGGUUUACUGACAAGCAAUAAGAGGCUCUAAACGGGUCCAGUUCCCAGGACCCUUUCUCCACGCUCCUCCAGGCGAAGAGCCGAGGCAGCCCUGCCUAUCAGGCCUGAGUGUGACCAUGAUGGGCCAGGAGCGCUGGGGGCUGUGUCCUCUGUCUUGUGUGGGCUCUGCCCUGCCCACCCGCAGUUCCUCAAAGAUAAGCCAUUUCCACUCCCCAGAGAAGCAGCCAGGCCAAAUACGCCCCGAACAGGGUCUCCGUGUGGACCAGAGCCAGCCUCAUUUGCUGUCUGGUUUCCAGAUUCCUGUGUGUUGGGGGCAAGAGAAGAUUGCUCCUGAGAGGACUCAGGCCAGACCCAGUUUUUGAGGAGGAGAAGAUUGGGAGGCAGUCGGUUUGCCUCAGGAUCUGUGCUUGGGCUUCCCACCAGCCCUUCCUGUUGGAGGCUGAUCUUUGGAAGGCAAUCGGCUGCCAUGCCUGGUCAGCACCAAUUCAAACCAUGCCAGGAAUCUGCCCCCCUGCCAGGUUCAGUCCUUUAAUGUGCCUCUUCAGGGACACAGUGUGUCUCUCUGAUUGGGCUUCUCAGUCCAAAGCCUGAUGUCGGUGUCCCUCUCAUAGGGGGAGCUUCGGACACAGGGCCGGUUUGGAAAGGGUCAGGUAAGAGUUCACUCUGCACAUUGUAGAGGGGACACUGUAGGCCCACGGGUCCCUUAUAUAGAGAGAGGUUGAGCAAGUUUGCCUUCAGUUAACCUGGGACUUUGUUUAGUUCCCUCCUGCCUCCCAAAGAUGAUGACCAUUUUGUAAGUGUAUAAACUCACCUCUGUUAACAGUGGCCAAAAAGCUUUGUGCUAAAAGGCAUGGGAAAUCUUAAAGGCAUUGUUCCCUGGGAAAUGGGUGCCAUCCUAUCCUGUUAGCCCUGCCCUGAUCCCACAGCCUCAGCGGGGCAGCCCCCUGUAAUGCUGCCCUGCACCCCGAGUCCAGCCAGGCAAAGGGUCAGAGGAAGGGAAGCCUGUUUCCCCCUUUAUGUCUUCAGCCGGUUACCUUACCAUUGUCCCUGUCACUUUAAAGAAUGGGCCCCACCCCCCUUUUUAAUAAAAGGCAAAUAUUCGCAUUCAAGCAGGGGAGGAAAGCCAGAGGUCUGGCCCCGUCCCUGGAGCAGACCUCCUCUUGGGCCCCAUGUGCUGCUGUGCUUGUCCUUUUCCCACGUCAGUGCCACUUUACCCCUUCAAGACGUUUGGAGGGUGGGGGACCUGCUUCUGCUGUGACUGGGCUGUGGGGUUCUGAUUGCCUUGCUUACAGAUUCAUGGUUUGAUAAAUUUGUAUUCAAAAACUUGAAAUGUAGGGCGCCAUUACGUGUCUGUUUAUAUUUUUGGAAUAUUUGUAUUACUUACAAUUAAUAAAAGCGGGUUUAAAAACCCCCCCAGGAAGGG